UUUCUCUUUUGGAUCCACCCAAGUGCCACGCCCUCUCCCCCUUCUCCCUCUCUCUCUCUCUCUGUGUCCCGGAGUUGCAAGCGUACAAGCUGAAGGAGUACGAGGAUUACAAAGAUGAAAUCCCUCACUAGAUUCUGUAAAUAGGCCAUUCAGUAAGCAUUCUUAUGGACUGUGAAGUAAAUGAAGCACUCAUGCAGGAUGUCUCCUGCCUCGGAACAGAGGAGGAUGUGGAUCAUGCGGCCAUUGGAAAUGGAAAAUGUGGAAUAUGUAUGGAUGAUGUUAUUGAUAGAGGUGUUUUAGACUGCUGCAAUCACUGGUUUUGCUUCACAUGCGUUGAUAAUUGGGCUACCAUUACAAAUUUUUGUCCACUUUGUAAAAAUGAAUUCAAACUGAUUACUUGUAUUCCGGUGUAUGAUACAAUUGGUGGCUUGAAGGGUGAGGAGUGCACCAUUUCCAGAGAUGAUUGGUGUGUUCAAGGGAAGAACAAUACACUUUCAUUUCCUUCAUAUUAUAUUGAUGAAGAUGCAGUUGCAUGUUUAGGAGAUGAGGGUUGCAAGAUACAAAAUGGACAGUUAACAGCUGAAGACAGUUUUUCUCUUGAUACAUCAGUUGCUUGUGAUUCAUGUGAUGUUUGGUAUCAUGCAUUUUGUGUUGGAUUUGAUCCAAAUAGCUCGUAUGGAAGUUCAUGGUUGUGUCCUAGGUGCAAUGUUGCUGAAGUAUUGGAAAAAUCGGAUUCAAUUUCCAGCGAGAAAUCAAACAAAAAUUUCGUUUCAGAAGUUGUCAGUUCCUUAUGCCCGACAGAAACGACCUUAUCUGGAAAACUGGCAGUAUCUGUUGCUGAUGCUGGAGAAACUGCAAUCGUCAUUUCUCUGGUUGAUGGAAAGGAGCUGACUGAUGAUGGCCAAAAUGUUGCUAGUGAAAUUCUAUCAGAUAUUGAGGAGAAGCAUGACAAAGCACUUCCCAUUGUCUUAGGCACUAAUAAUUGUGGGGAAUUUGUGCCUAGACCUGCAUCGUGCUUUCUUGAUGAUUGUGGUUGGAGCAAUCUUCAGAGCUGUGGCUCAGUUUCAACACCUACCACUGAAAUUUUAAAUGGUUAUUCUUGUGGAGCGCAGGAAAAUGCACAUGAAAAGAAAAUGCAUGUUCCUGCUGAUGGUCAAGGGACAUCAUUCUCCUUACCUUUAUCUGAAGACUUGCUGUUGCUUUCACCUUCAAAAUCUAGUCAAAAUACAGGAGAGCCUGAGCCAAACAUUCAUAACUUGUCUAAAACACUAGGUCCAAAUUUUGGUGCUUCCACUGUUCAGGAUAGACAAGCACUGGAUACAGAAUCCAGGAUUAAUCUUAAUCCAGGGUUGAUGGCUGAACCCUAUUUUCGAGUACAUGAUAAGACGUGCAAAAAUGAUGAGUUUGAAGAGUCCAGUCAGAAGAAUCUUGAUGAUGCUGGUGUUGGUGGAAAGCGCAUGGACAAAUCCAGGGAUGUCAUGCAAUUGAAUGAUCAGGAGGAACACAGUCAGACCCUCAGAGAAAGUGAGACAAGAACUGUCCAUAAAAAGAGAAUUAGGUCAGAGGGGAAUUCGGAGAUGCUAAAGUUGAAUUCAGAGGAUGAUGCUUCUGGUUCAGACUCAUCAGACAGAGACUCUAAGCGUGUUACUUGCUUGAAAAGCAAAAAAGUAAGAAAAACUUCUGUUAAGGAAGAGAACUUGUCUGACAUAAUGAGUCUUGUUAAGGAGGUUGGUCCUGAGAGCCUCCAUGAGCUUGCAAGCCCUAUUCGUGGAGCCCGAGCUACAAAGACUAAGGGAAAUGCUGCUGGUUUUAGAAUAAAAAAGAUCAUGCGAAGGGGCAUAGAUGAUUAUGAAGCAUCUGAACUGGUACAGAAGAUCAAAAAGGAAGUAGAUGAUGCUGUGAAUGAUGGAGCUUUGGAAACUGCUGGCAAAGGUGAUCUGCUUGAUUUGAAGCUUCUAACAGCAUUCCGAGCAGCAAUAGCAAAGCCGAGUAAGGAGCAAGACAAAAAGGUUUUUGCUUCUCUUGCAAAAGCAAAGCAAUCACUACUUCAAAAAGGAAAGAUACGUGAGAAUCUGACCCGGAAGUUAUAUGGAACAGCCAAUGGACGGAGGCGGCGUGCAUGGGACCGUGAUUGGGAAAUUGAAUUCUGGAAACACAGGUGCUUGCACACCAACUCUGAGAAAGUGGAAACCCUGCAAUCUGUUUUGGAGCAACUAAGAAAGAACCCUGAGUCUUGGUCGAAGGAGUUGAAAAUUGAAAAUAUGUGUGACAAAGAAGAGACUAAUCCGAUACUUUCUAGACUAUAUUUAGCUGAUGCAUCUGUCCUUCCAAGGAAGGAAGACAUUAAGCCAUUAUCUGCAUUAACAACAUCAAGUAAGGAUGAACCAGAGAAAAUGAAUGAUUCAAGCAAUGUUUCUGAGCCAACUGGAGUUACUUCAGCUAAAAUGCACAAGCAAUCUUCUACAACACUGUCACAUGGCACCUUUUCUCCAAGCAAGGCAAGAGCCUUGUCAGACAAGACGCAUGGAGGUCUAGCAGCACAAGGAGCAAAAACUUGUUCCACAUCCAGUUCUCAUAAUACUCACAUAAUGAAAGAAGCACAAGGAACAUCUGGUGAUGUGAAGGCUGACAAAAGAAAAUGGGCUCUUGCAGUUCUUGCAAGAAAGACUGCUAUGACUGAUAGAGACAAAAGUGGAGAGGUAGAUGAACACUAUCUUCAUGGAAACUUUCCAUUACUGGCUCAGCUUCCUGCUGAUAUGAGACCCACAUUGGCACCUAGCCGUCAAAGUAAAGUACCUACAUCAAUAAGGCAGGGGCAACUUAAUCGACUAGUUGAGCACUAUCUCAAGAAAGCAAACCUACACAGUAUUCAUAGAUGUGCAGAAACAGAGUUGGCUGUUGCAGAUGCUCUUAACGUUGAAAAACAAAUCCAUGGAAGAUCAAAAAGCAGAAUAGUAUAUUUGAAUCUCUGCUCACAAGCUAUCUCUCAGAAUGUGGCAGUUGGUAACAGUAGAGAAGAGGAACCACCUUCUGAUGUUCUUGUCAAAGUUAUGGAAGGAUCACGUGAUGAAGUUUCUUGUGGUCAUGAAUCAGAUAGUGUCACACAAGCAUUGAGACUUGCUGGUCUUCUUUCUGAAUCUCCAUCAAAUAGUCCAUAUCGGUCGUCUGAAGACACUGACAGAAAAAGUGAUCAUGCAGUGAAAGAUGGAGAUUAUGGAUGCGAAGAUGUUCUAAACUUGGAAUCUCGCCCUGAGAUUGAUAUAUAUGGAGAUUUUGACUAUGACCUGGACGAAGAUUUUAUGGGUCUUUCUGAGAUCAACAGCUCACUGAUAAUGUCCAGAUCACAGCUUGAUGUUAGUACAGAUUCAAAAGUGAAGGUGGUACUCAGUACUCUCAAUCAUGAGAAUCAUUCUAUGGUUACAGAAUCUAUAGAUGCAGGGGGUGGUACAAUUUUGGACGGUGAGAAAGUAGAUAAAAUAAGUUUAGGUCCAGGAUCAUUUGAACAUGUCUGUUUGGUAAAACCUGAAGCGCAUCAUGAUUAUUUGAAGUUGGCAGUGCCUCGUGAUAAUGAAGGUCUCUCAAACUCACUGUUGCACGGGGAAAACACCGAUCCAAAUGAAGCAAGCAAUGACCUUUCAGUGGCUGAAUAUGAAGAACUCUAUGGCAGAGAUGAGCCAGAAAAAAUAUAUGGAAACAAAUCAACUGAGUAUAUGAAGAAAUGUAUGGGAAUACAGUCUGCAGGUGAAGAAAUUGUUCAUGAGAAAAAUCAGAAAUGCGAGCAAAAUAUUCUUGAAGUUAUGCUUCAGACUGACAAUGAAUGCUAUGCAGAGAAUAAUGUGAUUGAAACUGGUGGUACUAUAAAGGGGCAUACUUCCAGGGCAGACAAUUCACCAACUCACUCAAUGAUGAGCGAAAGUGCACCCAAAAAAUGCGAGGCUUCCAAUCAACAGACAGAUCAAAGUCCUAUCCACAAAAAAGUAGAGGCUUAUAUCAAAGAACACAUUAGACCUCUCUGUAAGAGCGGUGUUAUCACAGUUGAACAGUACAGGUGGGCAGUCAGUAAAACUACAGAUAAAGUUAUGCAGUACCAUUGCAAGGCAAAGAGUGCUGAUUUUCUCAUUAAAGAAGGUCCUAAGGUGAGGAAGCUUGCAGAACAAUAUGUUGAAUCCGCUAAACAACGGUGCAGCCGACCUUCAUCUUUGCAUGGUAACUGAUUUUCUGGUCUUCGUCUAGUUAUCUUGCUCUGUGUCCUUUUUUGGAGGCUGGUUCCUGCACCAAAUAUAUGGUUUAAUCCCUCUUGUGGAACGCUUACCUGAUAUGCUAUAGAAGCUAGCAUCUUGUGAAUAUUAGAGGGUUUUUCUAGUUCCAGGAUAACGUGUAAAUAACGAAAAUCGAUGGUGUAUCAUCCGUUAGCACCACGUGCCUAGUCCUGUCUAUUUGUCUGUUAAAAAAUUGUCUCGAUGUUUGUAGAUGUCCAUACUUGAUAAUGAGUUAUUGACCAA